AUGAUGAAUAGCAAUGGAUUAAUUAAUGGGCACAAAAUGAAUACUGUGAAUAAUAGAAAUAGUUUAUAUCAUCAUCAUAAUACAAAUCAAAACAGUUUAAAUGCAAAUGGUAUGAAUCAAAAUAAUUUAAGUCAAAAUAAUUUUAAUCAGAAUAAUAUUAGUCAAAAUACUUUCACCCAAAAUAGUAUGAAUCACGGUGUGGUAGGUCAUACUAACAUGAAUCACAAUAUUGUGCAGAAUAAUUUAAAUCAUAAUAUGAGUAACUUGAAUAAUAUGAAUGUAAAUAAUAUUAAUAUAAAUAAUAUGAAUAUGAGUAAUAUGAAUAUGAGUAAUAUAAAUAUGAGUAAUAUAAAUAUGAAUAAUAUAAAUAUGAAUAGUAUGAAAAAUAUUAACAAUAUGAAUCUGAAUAAUGUUAAUAUUAACAACAAUAAUAAUAUUACAAAUGAUCACAGUAGCAUUCCAAAUAAUAAUCAUUCCAAUAAUUUAUCUAGUGUUCGUAUUGGUUCAAAUGAAGAUGAUGAGAAAAAAAAAGUGUACCAGUUAGUAUUUGAUUUAUGUUUCUCUGAAAAGAGAGAAAAUGCUUUACUUGAACUAUCAAGGAAGAGAGAAACAUAUCAAGAUAUUGCCCCUGUUUUAUGGAAUUCUUUUGGUACCAUAACAACAUUGUUACAAGAAAUUGUUUCCAUUUAUCCACAAUUAUCCCCUCCACUACUAACUACAUCUUCAUCAAAUAGAGUGUGUAAUUCUUUAGCUUUAUUACAAUGUGUAGCAUCCCAUCCAGAAACAAAACAGCAUUUCUUAAAUGCCCAUAUUCCUUUGUUUUUAUAUCCUUUUCUUAAUGCAGAAUCAAAAAAUAGGCCAUUUGAAUAUUUGCGUUUAACAUCAUUAGGUGUUAUAGGUGCAUUAGUUAAAGUAGACAACCCAGAUGUUAUAAAUUUUUUAUUACAAACAGAAAUUAUUCCUUUAUGUUUACGAAUAAUGGAAACUGGAAGUGAAUUAUCAAAAACUGUUGCCACUUUUAUUGUUCAAAAAAUCCUCAUCGAUGAAUUAGGGUUAAAUUAUAUUUGUGCUACCCCCGAACGAUUUUAUGCUGUAUCUACUGUUUUAUCUAACAUGGUAAAUUCAUUAGUAGAAAAUCCCUCAUCAAGAUUACUUAAACAUAUUGUUCGAUGUUAUUUAAGAUUAUCAGAAAAUCCUCGUGCAUUAGAAGCUCUAAAAUAUUGUUUACCAGAACCAUUAAAACAUGUUAAUAAAGCUUUUAUUCCUUGUUUAAAAGAAGAUCCUUAUACAAAAAAGUGGUUGUUACAAUUGCUUUAUAAUAUUAACAGUGAAGAAGAGAAUAUUUCUAUUCCAAAUAAUAUGAAUAUAAAUAUCAUCAACAAUAAUUUACCACAAAGUAAUUAUAACAAUUUAAAUAUGAAUAUAAAUAUGAAUGAUAACAAUAAUAAUAAUAACAAUAAUUCUUUUAAAGACAAAAUAAAUAACAAUAAUAAUACGAAUUCUAAUAAUAAUAAUGCUAAUAACAAAGUUAAUAAUAAUAAUAAUAAUAAACAUGUAUCAAAUAUUUCAAAUAAUCUUAAUAUAAAUAAUAAUUUAAUGAAUAUUCAUGAUAAUAAUAACCAAUAA